CCCUUUCUCGUCCUCAAAGAAAAAAUAAAGGCAAAAGCAAAUAACUAUUACCAACAAACUCUACUUUCGGCAACCUUCAAUUUUUUUGAAAGUCAUGGAUUUCAGAGUGAUGGGUUUGGAGCCUCCGUUGUUCCACACGCUGCAACACAUGAUGGACAUGUCAGAGGACGCUGCAGGGGAAAACAAGACGUACAGUGCUCCGACACGGUCAUACGUUCGAGACGCCAAAGCAAUGGCUGCAACACCUGCGGAUGUGAAGGAAUAUCCCAACUCCUACGUGUUCGAGAUCGACAUGCCGGGUUUGAAAUCUGGGGACAUAAAGGUUCAGGUUGAAGACGACAACGUGCUUCUGAUUAGUGGGGAGAGAAAGAGGGAUGAAGAAAAAGAAGGGGUGAAGUAUCUGAGAAUGGAGAGAAGGGUUGGGAAGUUCAUGCGCAAGUUUGUGUUACCUGAGAAUGCCAACACUGAUGCAAUCUCUGCAGUGUGUCAAGAUGGGGUGCUUAGUGUCACUGUGCAGAAAUUGCCUCCUCCUGAGCCCAAGAAACCCAGAACCAUUGAGGUUAAGGUUUUCUGAGGUUUCAAUCGAAUGCUCACGAACCAAUUAUCUUUGUUCGAAUAAAUGUAACGGGAACAAUAUUAGCUUUAGUGAGGACCAACUAUUGGUGUUCCUCUGUGUUUGUAUUGCAGUGGUUCUGUUUCUUAGGUUGGCUUGUCACUUGUGUAUGGAAAUAUGAUACUACUACUAUAAUGAGAUUUUAUUGAAUGCUUUAUUAAUUUGCCA